ACGCUUUGAUCUAUUAUUGUGCCAGUUUCCUAUCUCCUCCUACUUAUAACGGCUUCGGCAGCUUGAGAAGCAGCUACCAGUGUCCAUUAACAUAAUCCGACAAAAAGACUCCUUUCCCCGGUAUACACAACAUAAUGGCAAGCUCUUCGGAUUACCUUGGCUACGCCUACGCCUCUCUCUUGACCAUCGGCGGCGUAAUGGGUGGGAUUCGAAAGGGUUCCGUGAUCUCUGCCGUUGCUGGUGUCGGGUCCGGAAUAGCAGCUGCCUACGGUGCUAACAGAGUAUCCAAGGACCCACUCGACGUUAUUCCGUCCCUCAGUGUUUCCGCCGUACUCUUAACAUUGAUGUCGUGGAGGUUGUACAAGACGAGAAAGUUUAUGCCUGCCGGUCUUGUGGUGACUCUUUCAUUACUCAUGACCGUUCGAUAUGCUCUCCUUUUGGCUUAGCGGGAGCUCAAGAUCGUGAAAAGUCAAUCAAUAUCUUUGUAAUGCUACGAUAUGAUGCGUAAACCUUCAUUUCAGAAUUGCAAGUUGCCCCCUUCUCUUCACCCGAACAACUUUUGCAGCUUCACGUCGCGACCGCAUAGACUUGGACGCAAAUCAAGAUACAUCAUAAAAGCAAAGCAAUCGUCCAUGAGAAUAUACAACUUAGCUAUCCACUUUAUAAACCCUCUUCCACCAUCUCCUCCGUCUGGUGACCCUCCUCAAACCCAGUCCGGGCAUAUCUUUCUCCUUCCCUGUUUGCACCGAUUGCACCAAUUGUCCUGGGAUAGACGCAGAGUUCGCUGGCAGGUCAGGCUCCGUGUAAGGUGUUGGGGAAGGAUUUUGCCAAGAGUCAUCAGUGUAUAGCCAGCCCUCUAUAUCGCGCAUCAUUAGCGAUAGGAUUGGGACAUGGAAAAUAUAAUUGUAGAGUGGCUCACCCUCGUCAACACCAUUCUCACUCCAUAAACCAUUGACGUCCACUUUCCAAUCUUCUGGUAACCACUCCCACCCAUCUUUGAGCGCCAACACUUUUGCUUCGACUUCACUCUCAUCAUCCCCGUUAGGCAGACCUGUGUCAUCCACGCUUUUCCACAGACACUCCUCACCCUCUGCCACAUCAGAGAUCUUGAUCCAUGCUCGUCGGUCCCCUUGUCGGAGGAACCGAGCAGACCAGCUCGUCGUUGGGAUCGGGCCGGUAAAUGAUGAGGAGGAUGAAGCCAGUUUCGGAUCGAGUCUCUCGUUUUCCCAUACAUAUACUUGUGAGAUCUUGUGGCCGCUGUAUUUGUCGGGGAGCUUGUCGGUGAGGAUCCAUUUUUCGAGCACUGAUUUAGUUUUGCGGAUUGACGGAUGUCGAGGGAGGGAGAGGAGCCAAGGGGUUAAGUUGGGAUGGAAGCCGAGAGGCGGAAGGAGACCGAGUGGGAGGAUGACGUAUGGGAUAAGCCAAGAUGGAACGAGAGGGAGGAAUAAUGUGGGAGGGAGGAGAAGUAGGAUGAUGUGAGUAUGGGUGAGCGGGAAGCAUGUUGGGGACGAAGUGUUGGGGGAUUGCAGGUUGCUCAAUAUGGGAGCGAGAUAGUCAUAUGCAUCAGACCUAUGAGCCUGUCAGCAGUAUUUCGCAUUGUUGCCUCGAGGGACUUACACCAAACCCAUAAGAUUUUGGAUAGCC